AAAAAAGUAAGGGUUAGUCAUUAGUGUAACUUCUGGCCAAUAGAAACAGUAGGUGUAUCCGAAACGCAAGCGAGGAAACGAAACCUUAUUCUCAAAAUUAGCGAAGAAGACACGCAGGAUCACUCACAAUGGCUGACUCUUCCAUUAUCAACGGUUCCCAUUCCAGCCCCCAUCCAGAUUAUGCCGAGAUUGUUGUGGUGCGUCAUGGCGAAACAGCAUGGAAUGCCACUGGAAAAAUUCAGGGGCAUCUGGAUGUUGAAUUAAAUGAAAAUGGAAGACAGCAAGCAGUUGCAGUGGGUGAAAGACUAUCCAGGGAAUCUAAGGCCACUAUUAUAUAUUCUUCUGACUUGCAACGAGCUUCUGAAACAGCACAAAUAAUUGCAUCAAAGUGUGGAGGGCUAGAGGUUGUCAAGGAUUCCAACCUACGUGAAAGACACCUAGGGGAUCUUCAAGGCUGUGAUUUUCAUGAAAUGAAAAAAGUUCAUCCCACCUCUUACAAGGCUUUUAUGUCUAGGAAUGAAGAUGAAGAAAUUCCAGGUGGUGGAGAAAGUCUCGUUCAACUUUAUGACCGCAGCACAUCUGCAUUGCUUAGAAUUGGCUUGAAGCAUAAAGGGGAGCGAGUAAUCGUUGUGAGCCAUGGAGGAUUCAUCAGAGCACUUUACAAAUGGGCCCGCCCAAAUGGAAGGCCUGGGAACAUACUCAAUACAUGUGUUAGUGUUUUUCACCUCUAUGGUGAGGACAAAUGGACCUUAAAAGUGUGGGGUGAUGUCAGUCAUCUGGAGAAAACUGGAUUUCUAGAGUCUGGUUUUGGGGGUGAUAGAAAUUCUGGAUAGGCCAUUGUUUCCCACUAAAGGUAAUAAAGGUUUGAUUGUUUAAAAUAAAAGAUUAGAGGAAGAAGAGCGGAAAGGGAUAUCAAGUGGUGGUGCCAAAUAUGAUUUUGGGCAUUAGCAUACAAAUAGAUGUAAGCAUAUGCCUAAACUAUUUAAUUUUGUGGCGGUGGCGCAGCAAUCUCCAUUACAGAAUUGUCACUUUUAAAAAUAUUUUCUACUGUUUAAUGCAGUGAUGAAUGUAAUAGUGCAGUUCUUAGGUCAGUAUUUUUAUAUACCGGCAAGUCUCUUUAAACUUCCAUAGCAUGAUUAAUGUAAACGAUGCAAAACUAAUGUUUUGCAAUUUUAAAGAAUGAAUUUCAGGCUAUUACUUUUGUAGCGAUUCAUUAAACGAAUAAACGAUCCUUCUUUA